AACAACUUUUGAGUGUCUACUCACUGAGCGACCAUUCAACGCUUCUUUACAGACCUUACGCACAACGGACUCAGAACAAGAGACUGAAAAUCAAGAAUCGCAUCCCCAAGAUUCAAUUUUCUCUUACGAAUCCUCUACAAAUGGGUCUGAGUUAGUUUGCUUAACACUCAAUUGUAUGAUCAUCAUCUUGUUUAUUUACUUUUUCUUUUCUGGGUCCCAACAUUUUAGGUUGUAUGCACGAUUGUCGUACACUUGCUACUACCAUUUACGGCCAAUUCAUCAAUGGUUCACUUAUUGUUGAGAUAGAGAUAAUUCAAACAUUAAUCUUCGUCCUGCAUAAUUUAAUCCCUAUUAGUAGGGGAAACAAAAAGGCCGAUCGCUAUUAUUAUUAUCUACAGACUACAGCCUGUCAUCCCUGUUUGUUUGGUGACUGGACUUGAAUUUUGUUGGCGUAAAGAAAAGUGCGCUAACCAAAUUGGACCCAUCUGUGAUUUGACUAAAGAAGAACUGUUUGGGUUUAGGAGCAAGGUAGGCAGGAAAGAGAGAGAGAGAGAGAGAGAGAGAGAGAGAGAGAGAGAGUUAAUGGCAAGUCCAGCGACAAAGGACCACUCUCACAUUGAUAUUAACGAUAUAAAUGAGGAAUCUCAACAGAUUUCUGACAAGGAUAUUGUAGAGAAAGAUAUGGCGCCUUUGCCUGGGAGCUCAAUUCAUAGGUCAUCUUCUCGCCCACAGCUAGAUGUAAGUGGUGCUGCAAUUCAGGGGAAUUUUGAGGAAAAGGAUCCCGCAAUUCUGUUGCCUAAUCAGACUGAUGAUAUUUCACACCUUGCUUUGGAUAUUGGUGGCUCUCUUAUCAAGCUGAUUUACUUUUCAAGACAUGCGGACCGACAAGUGGAUGAUGGGAGAAAGAGGAAAAUUAAGGAGAGAUUGGGUGUUUCUAAUGGCAGCAGAAGAAGCUAUCCUAUCCUUGGAGGGAGGCUUCAUUUUGUCAAGUUUGAGACAUCAAACAUUAAUGAGUGCUUAGAUUUUAUUCAUUCCAAGCAACUUCAUUGCGGUGGGAUGGAUUCACAAUGUUGGCCUUCUGAUGCCCCACCAAGUGAAAAUGCAGUAAUUAAGGCUACAGGUGGUGGAGCAUAUAAGUUCGCUGAUCUUUUUAAGGAAAGGCUGGGAGUCAGUAUAGAGAAAGAAGAUGAAAUGAAUUGUCUUGUUGCUGGUGCAAACUUCUUACUCAAGGCAAUCCGUCAUGAAGCUUUUACGCAUAUGGAGGGUCACAAGGAGUUUGUGCAGAUAGACCAGAAUGAUUUAUUUCCAUAUCUGCUCGUGAAUAUCGGUUCUGGUGUUAGUAUGAUCAAGGUUGAUGGGGAUGGGCAGUUUCAGCGGGUCAGUGGCACAAAUGUUGGAGGUGGUACAUAUUGGGGAUUGGGGAGGUUGUUAACUAAAUGCAAGAGUUUUGAUGAACUGCUAGAGCUCAGUCAGCGUGGAGACAAUAGAACCAUAGACAUGCUUGUUGGCGACAUCUAUGGUGGUAUGGAUUACUCCAAGAUUGGCCUUUCAGCUUCAACAAUUGCUUCGAGUUUUGGGAAGACAGUUUCAGAAAACAAGGAUCUUGAAGAUUAUAAGCCUGAAGACAUAUCUCUAUCCCUGCUGCGCAUGAUUUCAUACAAUAUUGGUCAGAUAGCUUAUCUCAAUGCACUGCGUUUUGGACUCAAAAGGAUAUUCUUUGGAGGAUUUUUCAUACGAGGUCAUGCUUACACUAUGGACACAAUCUCUUUUGCUGUUCAGUUCUGGUCCAAGGGAGAUGCACAAGCUAUGUUCUUGCGACAUGAAGGUUUCUUGGGCGCUCUGGGUGCUUUUAUGAGCUACGAAAAGCAUGGUUUAGAUGAUCUGAUGGUUCAUCAGUUAGUGGAAAGAUUCCCGAUGGGUGCACCAUACAUUGGAGGAAAUGUUCACGGCCCACCACUGGGAGAUUUGAAUGAGAAGAUAUCGUGGAUGGAGAAAUUUGUGCGAAAGGGAACUGAAAUUACUGCUCCUGUUCCAAUGGCUCCACCAGCUACUACCGGCCUUGGAGGCUUUGAAGUUCCAUCAUCUAAAGGAGUUCUGCGACCUGAUGCAAGUAAAUUAAAUGUUGGAGUUUUGCAUCUGGUCCCAUCUUUGGAUGUUUUCCCACUUUUAGCAGAUCCAAAAAUAUAUGAGCCAAAUACCAUAGACCUCUCAGAUCACGGCGAGCUAGAGUACUGGUUCACUGUGUUAUCUGAGCAUUUGUCGGAUCUUGUUGACAAGGCAGUGGCUAGUGAGGGUGGGACUGACGAUGCCAAAAGAAGGGGUGGUGCAUUUGCUCGGGCAUUUUCCGCACACUUGGCUAGAUUGAUGGAGGAACCUGCAGCUUAUGGAAAGCUAGGGCUUGCCAACCUUUUGGAGCUAAGAGAAGAAUGCUUGAGAGAGUUUCACUUUUUUGAUGCUUACCGUACCAUUAAACAAAGGGAGAAUGAAGCUUCACUUGCAGUUUUACCUGAUCUUCUGCUGGAGCUUGAUAGCCUGACUGAGGAUAUGAGAUUACUUACACUAAUAGAAGGUGUUCUUGCUGCUAACAUCUUUGAUUGGGGAUCACGUGCCUGUGUUGAUCUCUAUCACAAAGGAACAAUUAUUGAAAUCUAUAGAAUGAGUCGCAAGAAGAUGCAAAGACCGUGGCGGGUGGACGAUUUUGAUGCAUUUAAAGAGAGAAUGCUAGGGUCUGGAGACAGAAAGCUGCUGCCACAUAAAAGAGCACUUCUUUUUGUUGACAACUCUGGUGCGGAUAUUGUUUUAGGGAUGCUUCCCCUUGCAAGGGAACUUCUCCGGCGUGGAACUGAAGUUGUGCUGGUAGCGAACUCACUUCCUGCACUAAAUGAUGUUACUGCAAUGGAGUUGCCUGAUAUUGUUGCUGAGGCUGCGAAGCACUGCGAUAUUCUUCGAGGAGCAGCUGAAGCAGGAGGCUUGCUUGUUGAUGCUAUGAGCAAUAUCCAAGAUGGUUACAAGGAAAAUACACCUUCCGUUCCUCUGAUGGUUGUGGAGAAUGGAUGUGGCAGUCCAUGCAUAGACUUGAGGCAAGUGAGCUCAGAGUUAGCAGCUGCAGCCAAAGAUGCAGAUCUGGUAAUUUUGGAAGGGAUGGGCCGGUCUUUGCAUACCAAUUAUAAUGCAAAGUUCAAAUGUGAUGCUCUAAAGCUUGCUAUGGUGAAGAAUCAGCGGUUGGCAGCAAAAUUGGUUAAAGGGAAUAUUUAUGAUUGUGUAUGUAGAUAUGAACCAGCUAGCUGAAAGCUUCCCUUUUUCAUGUAUUUUUAUUCAUCUCGUCUCUCAGAACUAUUGCCCAUACUCGGGGGGUUGAGGUUGAUCAUAAGCAGACGUCUCAACAAAUAUAUGAUUAUAGAUGUAAAACUUCAGGAAUUGUAUUUUGUUUCUCAUUAAUGCGUUAAUCCUUCUAUUGUA